GCAGGAACUUCAAAGCGAAUGCACUCACAGAAUGUCUUUCCCACAAACCAGGAAUUCCCAUUGCCAAACCUUGGCUGGAUGGAGGAAGAGAAGGCUGUGAGGAAGAGGAGGAUGCCCCAGGACCCCCAGGCAGACAAGGAGACCAGGGAGGACAAAUCCCCUCAGCAGAACCUCGUGGAAGAGGCUGUUUUGAGCGGCUCCAUGGCACAGGAAUGUGACAGGGAGGAAAAGCCGCGGAGAUCCCGCCCGAGGAGGGGCUCCAAACCCAUGCCAGGGUGCUCCAAGGAGGAAGGACCCACCCUGUGCCAGGAAGGCAGCCAGAGAUGUGGCCAGAGCUCUGAGCUGGUGGUGCAUGAACAGCUUCACAAUGGCAAGAAGCUGCACCAGUGCUCGGAAUGUGGGAAGAGUUUCUGUGCAAAGUCCAGCCUGCUCCAGCACCAGAAGAUCCACAGUGUGGAACGGCGCUACGAGUGUGGGAAAUGUGGGAAGCGCUUCAGAGACACCUCUCACCUGAUGAUCCACCUGAGAGUCCACACUGGGGAACGGCCCUAUGAGUGUGGGGAGUGUGGGAAAGGCUUCAGGAAGAGCUCCCACCUCAAACGCCACCAGAUGAUCCACACUGGAAUCUGACCCUGUGUGUGUGGGCAGUGCGGGAAGAGCUUCCAUGACAGCUCUGGCCUGAUCAUGCAGCAGACAGUGCACACUGGGGAAUGCCCCUACACGUGCUCAGAAUGUGGGAAGAGCUUCAUCCAGCACUGCAAGAUGCUUGUCCACCGGCAGAUGCACAGCGGAGAGAGGCCCUAACAGUGUCCUGAGUGUGGGAAGAGCUUGUCCCAGAGGUGUGGCAUGACCCAAGCGCAAUGGAGGCAGCAGGAGGGGAAGCCCUGCAAGUGCCCCGCGUGCGGGAAGAGCUUUGUGCGCUGCUCCAACUCCAUCCCCCGUUGGAGGAGCCCAUUGGAUGAUCCCCAGUGAGCCCCCUUGGGCAGAGCCUUGGGGAUCCAUGGUCCUGGUUAUCCGUGGUGGGAAGACAGCUGGCUGGUGGUCUCCACAUCUUCCUGGCCUCCUGUGGGCACCUGGAUACAAAAAGAGCUCAAGGAGACGUGGCCAUGGAUGGUGACAUGGACAUGGGUGUCACGAGCCAAAGGAUGGUCGUGAUGGUUCGUUUUGAUUUCAGAGUGCAAAAAGAAGCAGUGAUAACUUAGUCCAAGUAAAAUCAAUUGUAUCUUUAUUGACACACACAAUUAUGCGAUAGAAGGGGAGAGAUAGAAAGAGAUAGAAAAGGGGGUGAAGGAGGGGAAAUAGCUACCGACUGAACCGACGUGAGUCCUCGUGACGCUGGUACCAAUAGACCACCUUCGCAGUCCUCGUGGCGCAGGCCAAUAGAUCCGUCGUCGUGUCCGCCCGGGAGGCCUCAGAAGCCUGCUCUCUUGGUGGGGUUGUUAUAGUUCUUUUCGAAGCGAGAGGCAAGAUGCCAGGAAGGGGGGGAGGUCUCGUGGGCAUCGCAGGUGUUCUCUCACAAUAGAGGGAGCGGUGCAGCUCAGGCCUCACCAAGUACGGUCAGUACAGAAACAUCCCUUCUCAAACAGGGCCCAAAAACCAUAACCGUCCCCCAUUGUUUCAUGCACGGGUCCCUGAGGAGGGCGUCUUGGUCCAGUGACAGCAGCUGCAGGGAGAAACUUGGAUCUCUCCUGUGCGGUGGCCCAGGGUUUAUGGGGGUCUCAGCCUCUGACAGUUGUGAGGCAGAUGAGGGAUUUUUGGACCGACUCUUACACAUGGGUGAAGACAUGAGGGUGACAUGGACACGGGUGGGGACAUGGACAGCCAAGAUUGGGGGCAUGGUGGGGAUACGGGUAUGUGUGGGGACAUCAGGGCACACGGACAUGGGUGGGGACAUGGGCUGAACUUCCAGGGAAUGUGGGGCAUGGUGGGUUUGAGUGAACUCAGGGCUCUUGGGAGGGUCGUGGGGUGCUGUGUCAUGAAACUGAAAUUCCAGAUCAUCCCAGCGUGUGCCGUGGAUCCCAGAGGGGAAUUCCCAAGGCUCCCAGGGUGCCGGUUCUGCCCUGCUGCCCAGGGGAGCUGUGCCCAAGGGGCAGGUGACAAGGUGCUGAAGCUGUGUAGGCUGACAAAGCAGACAGCAAAGGUUGGUUUGCUGGACAUUUUCCAGCCCAUUGCCAGCUCCAAGCAGAGGGAAGAAGAAAAGGAAAGUGAGUCCCUGACAGAAUCCCAGAACCAUUGCAGUGGGAAGGGCCCCUGGCCGUGGGCUGCAGGGCCAGGAGGGAGAGACGCCUCUACCCCAGUGAGGUGCACAUGAGACCAUAGGACCACAGCCUAUGGAUUUAUUGAAGAUGUGUUUUAUUGAGUGUUAUAAACAGUCAUGUAGUAGUUGGAUUUGCUGUAAUUUAUUUACUUUAAUUAUAAAAUGGUAUUUUCUUGUGAUUAAAUAUGGUAAGUUCCAAACUGCUUUGAAGUAGGAUAAUAUUUGUAAAUUCUUGUGAGCAAUAGAAAAGGGGAAGCAAGGCUUUCACAAGAUGUAAUUUGGCUUGCAAAGGAUGUAUUUUAAGAUAUAAUUAUUAUUGCAGUACAUAUGUCCAAGAUAGUAUAAAUGGAAUGCAAAAGAGCACAAAAGGAGAAAUAGCAAAACCCUUUAAAGUGGUAUCUGAAGAUGUCGUGGUUGCGGGGGGAGGUGAAUUUUUUCCAGGGGGAUGUGGGCAGGCCAAUCAGUGAUCAGCUUUUCUGCUGGCACCUGGAUUGGUCACUCGGAGGUUUGGACACGCCUCUGAGGACACAAAGAGUUAAAAGCAGGACUCCAGUGGGGUUCCGCCUCUUUUGGAUUCCGGUUUCAGCAGUGGAAACAUCUCCUCUCCCCUUCUCAGCUUUGGGCUGAGUGGGGGAGGGGGAAGCCACGUGGCCAGGCUCAGGAAAACCACGCCGAACUGAAGUAAGCUGGGGCCCCGGGGAGAGAAGAGAGUGGACAGGAUUUGGAACUGAGCUGCCCCAUCCAGGAUGGAGGGGUGGAAAACUGUGGAAGUGCCUUCUGUGUGUGCUCACCCCCCUUCCCCCCCCAAACUCCGGGAGAAGGUGCCCAGCCACGUGGGGGUUGCCGAGCCUGAGAGUGCCUGAGCCUGCAGCCCUGCCGAGAGCUAGAAAGUGUUAACCCUUUCUUAGUAGAAAGAAACUUUUCUUAGACAUUGAUUCUCAUGACUGGUGGUUUCAGAGGAGAGAGGGAAGCGGCCUGGGACCGAGAUGAUAAAGCACGAUUGGAAGGAACCCAAUGGGCAGAGAUUUAAGAGGAGUGGCUUUUGAGCUGGACUUUUCUUGCAUAAUGUUAGCCAUGGGCUGAACUUAAAUCUCUUUUGAACAUAAACUGCAUUUUGGGUGGAUACAGCUGCCCCUGCUUUUGCUACAGUGACUGGCACUUGAAGAGUGGAGCGAGCAGAGAAGAGAGGGGGAGGGUGUGGUGGCGCCCUCUGCCCUCAGGGGAGACCUGCUCUCGGAACCCCGGCCCCUGGGGAAAAAGGGGAGAGCUCAGCAUGCAAGUAUCCUUAAAAGAGCCCUGUAUGCAGCUUUAGACUAUGGACAGCGGUGAGAGCGCUGGACAUAGGAAAAAGAGAGAGUCACCCUGGCAGACUUCUCCGGGCAGUGCCACGGGUGACAUGGAAACACAUAAGGGGUGGACCCGUGUUUUCUGAGGAACAGUCUGUGGUGCGAGAGAGACUCCUCUCUCCCUUGCUGAACUGAAGAUUGUUUUUUUUGAGUGGUGAUUGUUUGAUCUAAAACCCAAAGGUUUGGUCUGUGAAGAGUAAUGUGUGGGGGGUGGAAACUGGGAGAAGAGAAGACAUGUUCUGAGAAGAUUUUAUUUCUGUCUCUGUGUGUGUUUAAGAGGUUUUUUUCUGUCUCUGUUCUUAUGUAAUGUAAUAAAGUUUUGGUGGUUUUUUUUGUUUUCAAGAUUUAAGCCUGCUCUGCUCUGUUCCUGAUCACAUCCCACAGUAGUUGUUACGGAAAAAACAUAUAUUCAUGGAUGCAUUAACAUCUGGCCAGUGCCAACCC